UCCCUUUUAUGGGGAGAGGACACUCAGGUGCUGAGGUCGCUGCUCAGCCAGGGGGAGCCGGCGAGGGGGAGGGAGGACCAACGCCUGGCUCUAAACAGCGUGGCUCCAAGAAGAGGCACCUCCCCUGCACCUUUCCCUCCGCUCUCUGAUGUUCUGGGAACUUUGCGGGGGUGGGGGGGGCCAACCCCGGGGCGCCCAUCCCGCUAGGACAAUUCUUUCAAGAGUUGAGAACUUGGUAGCAACAGCUUGGGGGGUGGGGCGGCGCAAGGAGGAAGGAGAUUGGAGCAGUGGCCACGCUUCAGCGGCAGGUGGUCGCUAUUGCUGACAGGUGGGACCAUGACCUUUAGCGCCUAACGCCCCUCCCUCCGCCCCCCUCCCCACCACCAGCUGAAAGGUUAGAGUGAGGGCAGCUGGGUGAGCUACACUGGGCAGAAGAGUGGGGACCUGAGGCUUUGGGGCCCCUGAGAAGGUGAAGAUAGCACCACCACCACCCGCACCCCAGACAGCGUGUCGGGGGCAGGAGGAAGGAGGGGCGAAGCACAGCUGUGUGGCCUCAAACGGAGGCCAGCGAGCCAUGGGCGACUGGGGCUUCCUCGAGAAGCUGCUGGAUCAGGUCCAGGAGCACUCGACUGUGGUGGGCAAGAUCUGGCUGACGGUGCUUUUCAUCUUCCGCAUCCUCAUCCUGGGCCUGGCUGGCGAGUCGGUGUGGGGCGACGAGCAGUCCGAUUUCGAGUGCAACACGGCCCAGCCAGGCUGCACUAACGUCUGCUAUGACCAGGCCUUCCCCAUCUCCCACAUCCGCUACUGGGUGCUGCAGUUCCUCUUCGUCAGCACGCCCACCCUGGUCUACCUGGGCCACGUCAUCUACCUGUCUCGGCGCGAGGAGCGGCUGCGGCAGAAGGAGGGGGAGCUGCGGGCCCUGCCGGCCAAGGACCCGCGUGUGGAGCGGGCACUGGCAGCCGUCGAGCGUCAGAUGGCCAAGAUCUCAGUGGCGGAGGACGGCCGCCUGCGGAUCCGCGGGGCGCUGAUGGGCACCUACGUGGCCAGCGUGCUCUGUAAGAGCGUGCUGGAGGCCGGCUUCCUCUACGGCCAGUGGCGUCUCUACGGCUGGACCAUGGAGCCUGUGUUUGUGUGCCAGCGCGCGCCCUGCCCCUACCUCGUGGACUGCUUCGUCUCACGCCCCACGGAGAAGACUAUCUUCAUCAUCUUCAUGCUGGUGGUUGGACUCAUCUCCCUGGUGCUCAACCUGCUGGAGCUGGCUCACCUGCUGUGCCGCUGCCUCAGCCGGGGGAUGAAGGCCCAGCAGGGCCAGGAUGCCCCCCCACCCCGGGGCGCCUCCUCGGAGCCCUACGCCGACCAGGUCUUCUUCUACCUGCCCAUGGGAGAGGGACCCUCGUCCCCGCCGUGCCCCACCUACAACGGGCUCUCCUCCAGCGAGCAGAACUGGGCCAACCUGACUAAGGAGGAGAGGCUGGCUUCCUCCAGGGCCCCCCUCUUCCUGGACCCACCCCCCGAGAGUGGCCAGAAAUCUCCCAGUCGCCCCAGCAGCUCUGCUUCCAAGAAGCAGUAUGUGUAGGGCCCGGGGCUUCCGUCACCCGACAGAGGGGCCCGGAGAAGUCUGGCGGCCUGGGAUGCCCUGUCCUUGAAGACUGCAGGGAAGACAUGGGGAGGGGAGCAGGUGCUCACUGGCCGGGGGCCUCGUUGCAGCUUGUUCUUGGACACCUGGGGCCUUCCUGGUGAACAGGAGGCACCAAGGUCUCCCCUCCAGGACACGACCUUGCCUCGGGCAUGGACAGAGCCAGCCUGGAGUGCUCUGGGCCAAGGGUGUUGCAGCGCCUCCAGACUUUUUCACCUGGUUCAGAGCAAACCCAGAGCCAGUUUUACCCCAGCCUCACGGCAGCUCCACCUCCACCCACGUUGUCCCCCCAGGAGGCUGUUGUCCCCCCAGGAGGCUGAUGGAGGCCGCGGGGUCGGCCUUGGUCACACACACACACGGAGCCUGUGCUGGAUCCGGCUCUGCCACAGGGACUGGUUCUCAUUCUCCUCACUCCUCCCUAGUUCCACUGUUUAUGCUUCUAAAAUAAACAAGACUUGA